UAACCGACGAUUGAGUGACCGCUCUCUCUCUCUCUCUCUCUUCCCUCUCUCUCUCACUCUUUGUCUGCUGGCAUUUUUUCUAAAGAGAGAAAGAGGGGAGGGAGGAGAAGAUAAAGCGAGUGAGAGAGGAGAAGAGGGAAAAGAGGAGACAAAGAUUUGAAAAGAAAAUAAAGAAAAAAAAAAUUAACCAAAUCCCACCCUCUUCUUCCUCCUCUCGUUCUUCUCUUUCAUCUGUUUAAUUUUGAGCUAUUUGGGCCUAUUUUCUUCUCAAAAAAAAAAAUUUUUUUUUUAAUUCAAAAAAAAAAUGGAAGAAGGAAAGAAAUCGUCGGCGAUGUCUGACGUCGGCGCCUGGGCGAUGAACGUCGUGAGCUCCGUCGGGAUUAUAAUGGCCAACAAGCAGCUCAUGUCCCCGGCCGGCUACGCCUUCUCUUUUGCCACGACUUUGACUGGGUUUCACUUUGCGGUCACUGCAUUGGUUGGAUUUGUAUCGAAUGCUACUGGGUAUUCGACGUCGAAGCAUGUGCCCCUUUGGGAGCUCCUCUGGUUCUCGAUUGUGGCCAAUACGUCCAUUACCGGGAUGAACUUGAGCCUUAUGCUCAACUCUGUCGGGUUUUAUCAGAUCUCAAAGUUGAGCAUGAUUCCUGUGGUUUGUGUGAUGGAGUGGAUCCUUCAUAGCAAGCAUUACUCGAGAGAGGUGAAGAUGGCCGUGGUGGUGGUGGUCCUUGGAGUUGGUGUUUGUACUGUGACAGAUGUCAAAGUUAAUGCCAAGGGUUUCUUGUGUGCAUGUGUAGCAGUGUUGUCGACAUCCUUGCAACAAAUUUCAAUUGGUUCCCUGCAGAAGAAGUACGCUAUUGGAUCUUUUGAGCUGCUGAGCAAGACAGCUCCCAUACAAGCUCUUUCUCUCAUUUUCUUCGGACCUUUCAUAGAUUAUUACCUCAACGGCAAAUCCAUAGUGAAAUAUAAGUUUUCUCCCGGUGUAAUUUACUUCAUCCUCCUCUCCUGUGCGCUCGCUGUUUUCUGCAACAUUAGCCAGUAUCUCUGUAUCGGUCGCUUCUCAGCAACGUCAUUCCAAGUAUUGGGACACAUGAAAACCGUUUGCGUGUUAACACUUGGAUGGCUACUUUUUGAUUCAGAGCUUACUUUGAAAAAUAUAAUGGGUAUGGUUCUUGCUGUUAUUGGUAUGGUUAUAUACAGUUGGGCCGUUGAGGUUGAGAAGCAAGCAAAUGCUAGGAUGGCUCUGGCUAAAACUAGCCUAACUGAAGAGGAGCUCAGAUUGUUGAAGGAGGGAGUAGAGAAGGCUUCUAUAAAAGAUGUUGAAGUUGGGGAGACUAAAGCCUGACCGGAAAUUGAUUCAGUAUUUGGGUGAAGCCUCGGAGAUAUUUAUGUUGAGAUUUGUGUUAUUUACUACAGUGCGAGAUUAUUUUUGGUUUAGGUAUUUAGUAACAUUGUGGGGGAAAAUGUAAAGUCCAUAGUUUCAUCAUUUUAUUUGUUUUUCCCAUGGAAAAGAUAUCUAUAUAGAGAACGUAUUGCGGUGACUCUGUAUGAAAUUUAUAGUAGCAAGGAAAUGCCAUCCUUCUUCCGUUUGAUUUUCA